GAAGGCUUGUUGCCGGAAGUCGCGUUGUCAGCAUGGAUCUGGAGAAGUUCGAGCAGGACAAUACUCGGAGCUGUCUCCUGGCGUCUCCGGUACCGGAUCAGUGCCGGGAGGAGCCGUGCUGCCUGGGGAUAGAUGAAGCCGGCCGGGGACCCGUACUCGGUCCCAUGGUGUACGGCAUCUGCUAUUGUCCUGUUUCGCGGAAGAAAGACUUGGAGGAGCUGAAAGUUGCAGACUCCAAGACGUUAAGUGAGCCUGAGAGGGAGCGGCUCUUUAAGAAGUUGGAUGGUUCUUCGGAUUUCAUCGGCUGGGCUCUGCAUAUACUGUCUCCCAACGUCAUCUCCACCAGCAUGCAGCAAAGAGCAAAAUAUAAUCUCAAUGCCUUAUCCCAUGACACUGCAAUAGGCCUGGUUCAGCAUGCUCUGGACAGUGGUGUCCAAGUUACAGAGGUGUUUGUGGAUACUGUGGGUCCUGCCGAUAAAUAUCAAGAAAAACUGAGUAAGCUUUUCCCUGGAAUAGAAGUGACUGUGAAGCCCAAAGCUGAUUCCCUUUUCCCUGUGGUCAGUGCAGCAAGUAUCUGUGCAAAGGUUGCCAGGGAUAGAGUGGUAAAAGGCUGGAAGUUCUUGGAGGACUUAGGUGAAAUCAAUGUUGAUUACGGCUCUGGAUACCCAAAUGACCCAAAGACUAAGGAAUGGUUGGCUAAACAUCUGGACCCUGUAUUUGGAUAUCCCCAGUUUGUUCGGUUCAGCUGGAGCACUGCGCAAUUAAUCCUAGAAAGCAAAGCUGCCCCUGUUCUAUGGGGUGACGAUGAAGAGGACGCAGGUAAAUCUUCCUCACAUUCCCUGCUCUCCUACUUUGGUGCCUCGAAGGAAUCUUCAAAGCCCCAACGUCACAGGUUCUUCAUGGAGAGACAGCUGGAGCCCCUGGUUGAUUUGUAGAACAGAUUUACUAUUAAGUAUCUCAAGAAUAUUACCUGUCAUAAGACUGGCAACACAUUAGUAUCAUAUCAAAAUUCUGCUCCCCCCCCCCCCCCCCCCAUCUUAUUUAAAAGGGGGGAAAUUUGCCAAACCUGUACCCUACUAUAAACUGCUUUCUUCCUCCAGAAACGGAGCCACUCCUGUCCAUUAUCUGGUAUUGCGCCACAGCCACGUAUCCGAUCCAGACCUUGGACAACAGUGACCCUCUUUCUGAAAGAAGGCAGCCAUGUUUUAUUUUUAAAUCUAAACAUUGUCCCACAUUUACUACUCCUAACAGGCAUAAAUUUGGUUUUCCGACCAUUAGAGUACAUUCACACACGUGUAUUUUAUGGUCUGCAAGAUGUGUAUCAUCUGUGUGACCAUCGGGAUGCGGAAAGCAAACGGAUGACAUUGUAGAAGCAAUUAUUUCUUUAAAUCUGCAUUAACAUCGGCAUUUGCCUUCUCUUGGAUGAGUUUGGCUAGGGCUGUAGUACUCUUGUCACCUUCAUUUUGCAUUUGACACUGUCUAGGAGCAAUUUGUGUGCUGCCAUGUUCUAUGGGCUCCUCGUUUUACACUUGCUAUAUAUCGGGGAUGCCCAAUCUGUGGCCCUCCAGCUGUUACACAAUGACCUGCUGUAGACCGAUAGCUGUGGUCUGUCCAGACAUGCUGGGAGUUGUAGUUUUGCAACAGCUGGAGGGCCGCAGGUUGGGCAUCACUGCUAUAUAUGAUGUGUUUUUUGAUGCCUCUUUUUAGUUAAAGGAGUUUUGGGAGAUUCUGAUGUUGAUGACCUAUUCAAUCAGCUGUUUGUGGAGGCCGCAGCCUCCUUGCAGCUUAACAAGCCCAGCGCUGUCCAUUGGAUGAACGUACUGAUGAAUGUGACGUCACUGGCCUAAAUAGAGUCUGGUCGAUGCCGCAGCCUCUUCAAAGAGCUGAUCGGCAGGGGUGCCAGGAGUCGGACCCCCACUUAUCAGAUAUUGGUGACCUAUCCUGAGAAUAGGCCAUCAGUAUCAAAAUCUCAGAGAACUCCUUAAUGACUUUUUUCCAAUUAUUCGUUUAAAUAAAGGUUAGUAUUUGUAGAUUC